AUGACGACAUUAGUAUUGAUAUCAGGAACGUCAGUGGCGGCCCCACGAUUUCUGCGCCGCACAAAACUGGCACAAUCUGCAUUAGUUUCCUCAUCUUCUUUAUAUUUCUCAUUGCGUGCAUCCAGCAGCAUUACUAGUAGCAGUAGUCGUAACACUGCCAGUGGUGAAAAGCUGCGUGAGGGACGGAAAGGAUGGACCCUCACUACAAAGAAACAUAAGGGAAGUUUGGUGGAUGAUACUGCAGAAGGACUUAACUUUGCUUCUUUCAGUAUGGAUACAGGUGGGAAACGUGGAGCUGCGCUGCCGCCCCCGCAAGGUGGAAUCACACGAGUCCCUUUUGCGAAGGAAGAACUACAAUCACAACAGCGGCGUCUUAGACCAUCCACAGGCUUAUCAUCUUCGUCAAAGCGGGGACAACAGGAAGAUGCAGAGAAACAACAAGAACAACAAGAAGAAAUUACAUUAGAGAGUAAGAAGAAAAGGAAAAAUAAGAGAAAAACAGCGAUAGUAGAAGAAGAAAGAGAAGAAGAAAUAGAAAACGAUAUGGGAGAUGUUCGGAUCAAUGGUAUUCUUGAUUAUAGUCAUACAAGCUUACCAAAUAGUCAUGAUGGUAACCGCAAGAAUGAAAAUAAUUAUAAUGAUACUAACAAUAAUAAUAACAACACCAACAACAAUGCGGAAGAUAAGGAUAUCCAUGAGAAUAACAGUAAUGGAUUAAGCAGUGGUACAACCUUGUCAAAUCCCUUUCGUGGUAUUCAUGAACACAUUACACGCAGUUAUCGUUUGGAUCAAUUACUUGCAUUGGCGAGACCUGAAGAUGUGAUGUUGGGACGUCAAGAUACCAAAUCUGGAGCCUUUUCUUUUAUUCGCUUUGAGACUGGACCACGUUUUCUCGAAGACAGCAAACAAAGUGAAUCCAGCAGCACAACAACAACAACAACAACAACAACUACUACUACAGGGACUUCAAUAGGAAAAGGUAAACAUUUAAAAGAAAACGCCAACUUAAGUCUUGGUGUUGCCAAUAAUGACUCUUCACUUAUUGUAGCUGAACGUUUACUUUCCUUUCCACCACACAUGCGGCAUUUCCACACGAUCUGUGGUAGAGAAAACGUUCCGUGUGAUUUCUUUGCGGAUGUGGAUUUGCCCAAUGAGACACCGGCAACCGGAGAAAAGAUAUUAUUAGAUAUGUUAAAUUACCUUGAGGUACGAUUACAGGGUGUAGGGUUCUUACAACCAUCCUUUCUUAUCUUAACAAACGAAAUACCGAGUGCGGAUAAAGUCUCUUAUCAUGUACAUGCCCGUGCGAUGGGAUCUAUAGAUCAUGCAGAGGAAAAUAUCGCAGAGACAGAGGGAGAUGAAAUGGAAGAGCAAUCGCCUAGCAAGAAGAAGAAAAAUAAUAAAAAAGGAGAGGAUCAAGAGUUAGAGGAGGGAAAACAUAAUAAUAAUAAUAAUAAUAAUAAUAAUAAUAAUAACAAAAAGAAAAAGAAGAAUUCAACCAAAAAGAUGAUUGCUUUUCAGGAUUAUCGUGUGGUAAAACUACUCGCAGAUGAGGUAAAUACAACACUUGGACGUACUGUAGUGGAUGAACAGUGUUAUCGUGCGAAUGGAAUGCUGCGAUGUGCAUAUAGUGCGAAGAUUACACCUGGUCAAAAAGGAAAACGACUACUCCCAUUAACGAAAGCACAAGAUCCCGCACUGCAAAGAAGAUUAAAUGAUAUCACGGAAUCUUUACAUCAUCUCACAGAGGCGGAGAUUCUCGCCCGCACCUUCGUUACGCGCUUUGCCCCAUUUGUUCCUCAACAGACCACCAAACACAAGAACAAGAACCUUAAUAAUAAUAAUAGUAAUAAUAAUAAUAAUAAUAAUAAUACGACAGAUAAUCUGCGAGCAUACUUGCGGCAGUUUAAAUUUGUCCGUGCCUCUCAUGUAAUUGGUCCAAAAGAUGCCGCCGCGUUGGAGUUUGAUGUUUACGGCAAUGCCGUUUCUGCGUAUCUCACCGAAGGAGCCAAAUGGCGGCGGUUUAAAUCUGUGAUUGAGAAACUCCGCCGACUUCCCCCUCGCACGGCGGAGAGUUAUGAUGUGUGGGUGCGUGUAGGCCUCGCCCUGCACAACUUCAGUAAUGACGAUCACGUCUUUGAUGAGUGGGUGCGUUUUUCACUGAAGUGCCCGCAGAAAUACUCGCGGGAGUCGUGCCGGAAGAAAUGGCAGCAGUUUGAGCGGAACCCUGAUGCCCUCAACUGGCGGCGGGGGUUUAAUUAUUUAAAUACAACCGUCUGGAGAGCCGCACAGGGACACUAA